AUGGAUCCUUCUAAAAUGAAGGUUGUGGAUCUAAGAUCCGAACUUGGUGCUCUUGGUUUGGACACGAAGGGUAAUAAGGCGGCAUUAGUAGAACGUUUGAAGAAGGCUCUAGAAGCUAAAACUGGCAGAGUGUUUGCGGAGACUUCGAUCCUGGAUACCACCACGGAGGAUUUAGAUGAGCCGGCGACCCCGCGAAAAUUGGGGCCGGCGGCGCGAACUACACGGAGAUCUUCCUCAUCACGGCUAGUCUCUACACCUGCCAAGCAAUCAAAAGAUGACCAGCCAGAUUCUAUAGAGGAAGAGAUUAAAGAAGAACCAGAUGAAGAUUCAGACCCCAAAUCUGAUUCAAUGAAAAGAAGCGAAAUCCCAAGGAAGUCUGAUACAUUCAAAAGGCAAGAUAACCCAAGAAAAGCAGAAAGGGGUGGUUCUAAAGAUGCCAAUGAGGAUGUUUACUAUGUGGAAGACAAGAGUAAGUCUCCCAUAAUGGUUGAGGAUGAAGAUCAAGAUGAGAUGGAAGGUCAGGAAGAUUCAAAUCCUGGUGAUAAAACUGCAGGUGGAAAGGGAGAACAAAAAAAGAUGGAUCAUGAUGGUGAAGACAGAGAUGGAGAUGAAAGAAGAGAAGGUGGAGAUAGAAGAAGAAGGGAGUCUGAUCAGAGAAGGGAUAGAGAAAGGGAAAGGGAGCUAACUGAAGAAGAAGAAUGGGCACAGUUAAAUGAGAGGCUCAAGAUACGUGAACAAGAGAGAUUGGAAAGAGAGAAAAAACAAGCUGAAGAAGAUGCUAAGAGAAUUGAGGAACUGAGCAAGGAUCCAAUAAAGCUUCAACGUUUGAAACGAAAACAGGAGAAGAAAGCCCGAUGGAGCAAUUUCUACAAGACUGUAGCAGUAACUAAUGAAGUUUUGAGACCACCUGUUGAGGAGGAGAUGAAACUUAGCAAGAAGGUUGAAGCCCAACCAACAAAGGUCCCUGAACCUGAGAUUAAUGAGGAAAAAGUUACUCUUUCUUGGUAUGACAGCGAUCUGAACCAAUAUUUGGAGGUUCCGGAUUUAAAUGGGGUUGUUCCAUUAACUGAGGGGGCGCUUGCGCACGCCUGGGCCGGUGCUAGAGCUACGCAUGGCGUUGACAACGGACGUGUUUGUUAUGAGGUGCGUGUGGGGUCUGUAGUUACUACCACUGAAGCUGCUGAGAAAGAGGUUAUCAGUAGUGGUUUAAGAAUUGGCUGGUCUACUGAAGACUCUACAUUGCAUCUUGGCGAAGGUGAACUAAGCUGGGGCUACGAAAGCACUGGUCGAUCAGUUAACAACAGUGAAUUCAAGGAGUAUGGCAAGCAGUUCUCCGAGAAGGAUGUUGUUGGAGCCUAUGUGGAUCUUCAAUCAAACCCGUGCAAGAUUUCCUACACUCUGAAUGGCAUUGAGUUGGGGGUGGCCUAUGAAUUUGACAAGUCGGUUUUGGGAGGAAAAGCCAUCUUCCCUCAUAUACUCACUAAGAACACCUGCUAUAAGGUCAACAUGGGAUACGACAAGUUUAACAUGCUGACGAGGACAAAAAUCGUUCGCAAGCGUAUUGAAAUUCCUAUUGAGCAGAUAAUAGAAGAAAAGAAAGCACGCGAAGCGGAGAUAAAGCGUCAGAAGCAAGAGGCAAUUCGUCGCAACCGUGAGCGAAGAGAAAAGGAACGUAAGGAGAGGGAAGAGCGGCAGAAGAAGAAGAGGGAGGAGAGAGAGAAAAUGGCACGCGAAAGAAAAGAAAGAGAGGCUCAAGAGAGAAAGGAAAGAGGUGAGGAAGACCCUGAAGGAGAAGCCGAUAAAGAGGCGGAGGACUCUGGGAAGCAAGCUGAACCCGCUGCUGAGAAUGAAGCUCCGGCUGAUGGACAACCUAAAGAGAAUGGUGAGUCUGAAGAAGUUAAACCUGAGCCGAUGGAAACAGAACAACAGCCAACUGAGCAGCAAGAGUCGAAGGAAGGAGAUAAGGAAACGCCGCCCGUGAAAGAGGAACCUGCUACUGAUGACGUUCAAGAGGUAACUGAAGAUAACGCGCUGAAGAGCCUUUUAGACAAGAGAGUGAAGCACGUCAUUAGGUACGUGGUGGAGGAGGAGUUGGACGGCGCGGAGGCGUGCCUGCUGCCCGGCUACGUGCUGAUCGCGCACGCCGCGCUACGCGCCGGCCCGCGGCCGCCCGCCACCGUGCCCGAGUGCGAGGUUAUCCUCAUGGUCGGCAUGCCCGGUUCCGGUAAAACAUACUGGGCAAAGCAACACACCGCUUCUCACCCUGAGAAACGCUACAACAUCCUUUCAACUGGCGCUCUCUUCGACAAAAUGAAGGUGGACUGUAAACCAUUCCGGACGAGCUACGAGGGCCGUUGGGACGCGAUGGUGACAAAGUGCGCGAAAUGCGUGCUUAAAUUGUUGGAAAUCGCCAAAGGACGCAGGCGGAAUUAUAUCCUCGAUCAGACGAACGUAUACCCGUCGGCUCAGAGGCGCAAGUUGAGAGAGUUCGACGGUUACCGACGGAUCGCCGUAGUCAUUGUUACUGACGAAGAAACUUAUCGCGAGCGACAGAAACGGAGGGAAGAGGCUGACGGGAAAGAAGUGCCGGACGGGGCUAUCGUGGAUAUGAAAGCGAACUUCAGUCUGCCGGAGAAGGGGCAGUGGCUUGAGGAUGUGAUGUACCCGGAACUGAGCGAGGAGGAAGCCCGGAAAGUGGUGGAGCAGUUCCACAAGGAGGCGAAGGCGGCCGGCGUGGUGCGCGAGCGCGAGCGCGAGAAGCGCGACCGCUCGGUCAGCCGCGACGCGCCACCCAGCAAGCGCCAGCGCUCCAACGACAAGCGCCACGGCCGCGACGACCGUCGCCAGCGGGACUUCCCACGGGAUCGCGAGGACAGAUGGGGCGGCGGUGGCGGGGGCGGCGGCGGCGGCGGCGGCGGGCGCGGUGGUGGGCGCUGGGGCCCGGCCGCGCGUGGCGGCGGCGGCGGCGGCGGUGGUGGUGGCGGCCGCUGGGGGGAGGCGGUGGUGGAGGGGGGUGGCCGUGACCGCGGCCCACCCAACAUGGGAGGCGGCGGACGCUUCGAUCGCCCCUGGGGACCGCCGCCCUCUAACCGAAAUGAAUUCGGCGGUGGCGGUGGCGGCGGUGGUGGCGGUCGUAACGACCGUGACAACUUCCGCGAUAACUUCCGCGGUGGGCGAGGAGGUCAGGGCGGCCCCGGGCACGGGCCCGGAGGCCCCGGGGGAGCGGGCGGUCACGGCGGAGGUCACGGCGGCGGUCCUGGCGGUGGCCCCGGCGGUCCGGGUGGACCCGGAGGCCCGGGCGCCAUGCGCGGCGACAGAGGCGGCCGGGGGCCUCCGCCUCUCAUGAGCGAAGGCUCGCGCUUUAACCGUGACAGACCCACCAACAGAGGACCUCCACCAGACAAACGACCAGGAGGACCUAUGGGCAACCUCGGCGGUGGCGGUGGAGGUGGCAGCGGCGGCGGUGGCAUAGGCGGUGGCGGAGGCGGCGUCGGCGGUGGCGGCAGUGGUGGUGGCGGCGGCGGCGGCGGCGGCAUGGGGUCGUGGCAGCGCGGCGGCCCGCCAAGUCAGCCGGGAGCCGCGCGCGGUCCGCCUAGGCCGCCGGCCUCGGGCCCAGCCGGGCCGGCCGGGCCACCGGGCGGCGCUCAAGGUCCGCCCGGCCCGCAGGGACCGCAGGGGCCGCAGGGUCCACCGCCCGUGCAGUCGCGCCCCACGCAGCCCUCCAAGGAAAUUGCCACACAGAACUCAAAUCAGGCUCAAAGCCAGAAUCAAAACUCACAGAAUUCAAACCAAUCUGGAUGGAACCAGUGGGCAAAUCAAUGGGGUGGAUGGGGCAACUGGAACCAAAACCAAGCAGGUUGGGGCAACUGGGGUAACUGGGGCUGGCCGCAAGGUGGUGGUAACAACCAAUCUGGAGGCGGUGGGAACCAAGGCCAAGGAGGAGGCGGUGGUGGAAAAGGCAAUCAGGGCCAGAACCAAAACCAAAACCAGAACCAACAGUGGCCAAGCAAUUACACCGCUCAACAGUGGUACCAGUGGCAACAAUGGCAACAGCAGCAACAGGGUUGGCCUGGGUACCAGCAAUCACAAGGCAACCAACAGUCUGGCAACAUGGACCAACAAGCGUGGGCCCAAUAUUAUCAGAAUUAUGGCGGCGCAAACUCUGAACCUAUUACAGGCGUCCCUCCCCCUGACAAGAAAUAA